GUCUUGUUAUUACAAACCAUUUCAUGUAGUAAUUGAGUUUUGAAAAUAGAACACAAUGAUGCUUGUACUGUUGAUCUGUUUGUCUGUCGGACAGUCUCUUGCCGCAACAACAAUGGCACCACAUAGUACUAAGCAUCAUCAUCAUCAUCACCAUGGAACAGGUCCAACACAUGAACCAGCAGUAACAGAGGCCUUCGGUUUCAAAUAUGAUCCUCAUUCUCAUAUUAUGGCCGCCAUGACACAUCACAAAUGUUAUCUUUACACCAUGGCUGGCACAGAGUCAGCUGAUGUACAUACAACUCACGGUCUUCAUUUACUUGAGACGAAACUUAUUACCAUGGUAGACGACACAACUAUGACAUACAGUACAAUGUCACAUGAUGAACUCACCGCUAUCAGUAAAUUGUUAGCCCGUACCUGUAACAAGGCUGGAUGGACCACAUACAAACUUAAUUAAAUUUAACUCUACAUCGUUUAUAAAUGUGUCUGUGUUUUUAUUAGAAUUCUAUUAAGUUCAAUGUGCUAUUUGAUUUCCUUUUUUGGUUAUAGUUGGCGGUCAAACAUGGAAAUUUUAUAGUUUUUUAACACUUAUAUUGCAAAACUUGGUAACUCCUGUCUACAAAUGAUGUCCAAAUGACCUCAACUUACAAUGUGAUGACCAGAGAUAUAUGUCAUCAUGAUGGAAAUGGCAUAUUGUAUGGUAAUUACAUCUUUAGGACAAGGGAAACAAUCUGAUGAAGAACAGUUGAAUGAUUGAAUACACGUUUGUGUAGGUGAUAAUGUACAUGUAGACGAUGUUCCAAAUGACAGCAAAAUCGCCAAAAUAAAAUAAAAUUGUAAACAUCGUCA